CACAGGCACGCCAUAAGCUAAGGCACAUCACAUCUUCACAUAUGUCUUGUUUAAUGCCAUUUAAACUGAAGUGGCUGUAGAAUACGUACCAGGAGGGAUUUACCGACGGAUACACCUCUGCUAAAAGUCUCCCCAACGUUUGAGGUCAUGUCUUUUCAUCAUGAUCGUGGGGGUCCCAGAGGAGGGAUGCCCCCAGGCCAGCAUGGAUCCCCUCAAAACUACCGACCUAUCAACUUGAGGCCACCUCCUCCUCAGCCUCCAGCGCCCGCCUACCAUUAUGAUCCACAGACUCCAUCCAGUUCAGGCUACCAUGGAAACUACCUGCCUCCACACCCUGACUUCAUGCAGUACCCUCCUCCAGCACCAUCCCAAACCCCCAAUUCUCUUAACCAGUGCCCAGUGCGCCCACCUUUCCCAAAGCCCCCUGCCCGACAAGGCUUCCCCGAGCCACCACCUAACUUCCCACCUCCUCCUUUGCCCAGCUCAACAGGUGGUCCCACUCCAGGAGCCCCGGUGUCUGCUCAGAAUUCCUACCACUCUUACAUGAUGCCACCUGUGCCCCCACCCCCAAUACCCCACCCACCCAUGCCUCCACCAAUUACCUCUCAGUCCAUGAGCUACCCUCCAUACUCCAUGAACUACCCCCAUCCUCCCCAUCCUCCUUUCCCCCCUCCAACCUUCAGCCCUGGCUAUACCCAGAGCCCCAGCCCAUUUCAGCCAGACCACAACAUUAGGCAUGGGGGGCAAUACAAGUAUGAGAAGCCCAUGGAUAACAGGAGGUCUCCUGAAAGAGGGUACCGCAAUGAUGACCACAGGCAGAAGGGCUAUGGCUACAGUGGUCAUGGUGAGAGGCCCAAAAUGGAGUUUCCUGGGGAGAGAAAAGACCGUGGGAGAAGUCCAGAUAGGCGAAGCAGACCAGAGGGCGGACGGUACAGGUCUGAAUAUGACAGAGGGCGGACCCCCCCCAGACACAGGAGCAGGGAUCGAAGCAGAGAAAGGUAUCGUCACAGAGAAAGUUGGAGAUCCCAGUCACCUGACAGGCACAGGAAAAGGCCCCGAAGCCGCUCGACAAGCAGAGACAGAAAACGGAGUCGCUGGGAGGAGGACAAGGACCGGAGGUCAGAGGGCUCCUCUGGGAUGAGUAGAGAUCGCAGCUACUCCUCCGCCAGGAGCCGUGACUCUGAAGAGGUCUUAGGUGACAGAGAGCGGGACAGGGACCGGGAAAGAGAGAAGGAGAAAGGGGAUGAAGAAAAAGAAGAGGAUGAGAUGCUGAAACCUGCCUGGAUUCGCUGCACUCAUGCCGAGAGCUACUACUCCAAUGACCCCAUGGAUCAAGUGGGAGACUCCACAGUUGUGGGCACCAGUAAACUGCGUGAUCUCUACGAGCGCUUUGAAGAAGAACUGGGAAGGAGGCAAGAGCGAGCCAAGGCUGUUCGACCCAAAUGGGAUCCACCUAAGACCAAACUGGAUGAGGAUCCAGAUGACAGCAGCAGUGGGUCAGACUGCGAGUCAGAUGGAGAAGGAAGCAGCUGCUCCAGCAGCUCUGACUCAGAGGUUUUUGAUGUCAUUGCCGAGAUCAAGAGGAAGAAGGCUCAUCCCGACCGGCUGCACGAAGAGCUGUGGUACAACGACCCAGGACAGAUGAAUGAUGGUCCCUUGUGUAAGUGCAGUGCCAAGGCCAGACGUACGGGGAUCCGCCACAGCAUCUACCCAGGAGAGGAGCCUGUGAAACCAUGUCGUCUAAUGAACAACAAUGCAGGAAAAGUGUUCCACUACAGGAUCACUGUGUCUCCUCCCACCAACUUCCUGACUGAUAGGCCGACUGUGAUUGAGUACGAUGACCACGAGUACCUGUUUGAGGGCUUCUCUCUUUUCUCCCACACACCUCUCACCAGUAUUCCAUUGUGCCGUGUGAUCCGCUUCAACAUAGAUUACACCAUUCACUUCAUAGAGGAGAUGGCACCAGAGAACUACUGUAUCCGAGGGCUGGAGCUGUUUGCUUCCUACUUGUUCCAGGAUAUUCUUGAGUUGUAUGACUGGAACCUGACAGGUCCUGACUCUGAUGACGAGACCUACGGAUGUCAGCGGUUCCAUUUCAUGCCCCGUUUUGUCAGAUUCUUACCUGACGGUGGGAAGGAGGUGCUGUCAAUGCAUCAGGUGCUGCUCUACCUGCUACGCAGCAACAAGCCCCUGGUCCCUGAGGAGGAGAUCGCAGACAUGCUACAGUGGGAGCAACUGGAAUGGCAGAAGUAUGCAGAGGAGUGUAAGGGCAUGAUCGUCACCAACCCGGGCAUGAAACCCAGCUCAGUGCGCAUCGACCAACUGGACAGGGAGCAGUUCAACCCAGACGUCAUCACCUUCCCCAUCAUCGUUCAUUUUGGGAUCCGGCCUGCUCAGCUCAGUUACGCCGGAGACCCUCAGUACCAGAAGCUGUGGAAGAGUUAUGUGAAACUACGCCACCUGCUGGCCAACAGCCCCAAGGUCAAGCAGAUCGACAAGCAGAAGCUGACGCAGAGAGAAGAAGCUCUUCAGAAGAUCCGACAGAAGAACACAAUGCGCCGUGAGGUGACGGUGGAGCUCAGCAGUCAGGGCUUCUGGAAGACUGGCAUCCGCUCCGACGUCUGUCAGCACGCCAUGAUGCUCCCUGUUCUCACCCAUCAUAUCCGCUACCACCAGUGUCUGAUGCACCUGGAUCAGCUCAUUGGCUAUGUCUUCAAGGAGCGCUGCCUCCUUCAGUUGGCCAUGACUCACCCCAGUCACCACCUCAACUUUGGGAUGAAUCCCGAUCACGCCCGCAACUCGCUGUCCAACUGUGGCAUCCGACAGCCCAAAUAUGGCGACAGAAAGGUCCACCACAUGUACAUGAGGAAGAAGGGAAUUAACACGUUGAUUAACAUCAUGUCUCGACUGGGGCAGGAUGACCCCUCCCCGUCCAGGAUCAAUCACAACGAGAGACUGGAGUUCCUGGGCGAUGCCGUUGUCGAGUUUCUCACCAGUGUCCACCUCUACUACCUUUUUCCCAGUUUAGAGGAGGGCGGCCUGGCCACCUACCGAACAGCCAUUGUUCAGAACCAGCACCUAGCCAUGUUAGCAAAGAAACUGGAACUGGAUCGCUUUAUGUUGUAUGCUCACGGACCAGACCUGUGCCGGGAGUCGGACCUGCGACAUGCCAUGGCCAACUGCUUUGAGGCUCUCAUUGGGGCUGUGUAUUUGGAAGGAGGCUUGGACGAAGCGCGGCAGCUCUUUGGUAGACUACUUUUCAACAGCGAGGACCUGCGGGAGGUCUGGCUCAACUACCCAUCACACCCCCUGCAGGUGCAGGAGCCUCAGACAGACAGGCAGUUGAUUGAGACAUCUCCCGUCCUCCAGAAGCUGACCAGCUUUGAGGACUCAAUCGGAGUUUUGUUCACACACGUACGCCUAUUGGCCAGAGCGUUCACCUUGAGGACCGUUGGGUUUAACCACCUCACCCUCGGUCACAACCAGAGAAUGGAGUUUCUUGGAGACUCCAUCAUGCAGCUGGUAGCCACUGAAUAUCUCUUCAUCCACUUUCCUGACCACCAUGAAGGACACUUAACACUUCUCCGCAGUUCGUUGGUAAACAACCGCACCCAGGCCAAAGUGGCAGAAGAGCUGGGCAUGCAGGAGUUUGCCAUCACCAACGACAAAACCAAGCGACCCGUGGCUCUGCGGACCAAGACUCUGGCUGACUUGUUGGAGUCUUUCAUCGCAGCACUCUACAUUGAUAAAGAUCUGGAGUUUGUUCACACCUUCAUGAAUGUCUGCUUUUUCCCUCGGCUGAAGGAGUUCAUUCUGAACCAGGACUGGAAUGACCCCAAAUCUCAGCUGCAGCAGUGUUGUUUGACCCUGAGAACAGAGGGCAAGGAGCCUGAUAUCCCGCUGUACAAGACCCUGCAGACAGUGGGGCCCUCACAUGCCCGCACUUACACCGUAGCUGUUUAUUUCAAAGGGGAACGAAUCGGAUGUGGGAAAGGCCCAAGCAUCCAACAGGCAGAAAUGGGAGCUGCGAUGGACGCGCUUGAAAAAUAUAACUUCCCACAGAUGGCUCAUCAGAAGCGCUUCAUCGAGCGGAAAUACAGACAGGAGCUGAAGGAGAUGAGACGCGAGCGGGAACGGCAGGAAAAAGAAAGCGACGAGGUAGAGGAUUGCAAGAAGUGAUGAUGGCUUGUUUCAGGAGGGGCAGCCAAUCAGGAGCCAGGUCCACGGAGACGAGAAAAGUUGGAGCUGGUCAGAUUGACUGUUACCUGUAAGCUUACCUGUAAGCUAAGAUGGGAGACAUGAUGUUUUAAGCAGCAACACUGUCAAAGGUAGCCCUUGUGUAGUCUUCUAAAUGUUUGACUAAUUACAUAUAUGGAUGACUUCAUUUUCAAUGCAAAACAACAGCAGGACCUCACAGUGUUACUAAAACAUGAUAAAAACAGAAUAAUGCACAUUUUUAAAUGGAAAAUAAAGUUUAAGAUUCUUCUUCAA